AUGGAUCAAACUCUGAUACCUUAUAGACUUGAAGAUGUAUUCUCUUCGUUCUAUAAGAUUGAUACCAUUCAAAAGAUCAAUUAUGAACAGUACAUACCCAAGAACCAGGAUGAACGUUGGUCGAUUCAAAUGGAGCUGAAACUUCGAAAACAAGAUCCCAAGUGUUUAGUUGCAUUAUUAUCCAAAGAACUUUGGAGAUUUAGUAUGAAUGAUGAUCCAAUACCGCCUUUACCAUCAUUAGAUAACAAAGAGACUCUGAUACCGACAGUUGAUUCAAACUCAUCCGAAAAUGAUGAAAAAUCUAUCCUAACACCUGAAAAGACAGGUGAUUUUAAUGCAGAUUAUUCAAAACCAAAUUUACCCCCAUAUUAUGCAUUAUUUUUGAAAGCACUUAGGAAAAGCAUCUACAUCAAUUUGGCAUUAAACUCUAAUAAUACAUUAGUUCAAUUUGGUAAUGCCUGCAUUCCGUUGAACUUCGAGAACGAGGAUAAACAGUUCCUGUUACAAAUAGAACCACAUUUAUUUUCCAACAGUGAUUUAUCACUUACUAUCUGUGCGAAAAACCUAGAGUUCUCACAAUUAAAGGAAGAAUCAUUGAAUGCAAAUUAUUUAAAGGCUCAUGCAAUAUAUAUGGCUCCUUCUGGUAUAAGGGCAUAUAUUAAGACAACAGCAAAGCAAAAAUAUAUAAUACCUUCACCAGCUAACGCAGAUAUACUAUUAGAUACAUUAUAUGUCUCACAUGGCAUAAACUUGAAAGGAAAGAAAAAUAUGAAAUGGAUCUCAUUGAUUCCACACCUAGGCCAUUUAAAUGGUCAAACACCCUCGAUUGGUUCAUAUAUGACACCCCCAUCUGAAACCAGAAGCAUCACAUGGCCUUUGGAUCUAUGUAUUGUUCAAUCAUCCUUUGAUAAUACUCCAAACAAAAUAGACUCAUCAUCUUCUGACGAUUUUCAGAACGCUAUUGAUAUGAUCGAUGAUUUCAUUCAAAUAAAACAGACCUCUGCUUAUAGAACACCUGGAAGUUCUGGUGCAUUGGGCACAAAUCCCAUGAGUACAGGCGGACCAUACACGGAACAAUUCCAACCUAUUAAUAAGAAAUCAGUAUCUAGUGUUAAUGGAACAAUAGGGUUAUCCCCUUUAGGUGGUGCUCAAAGUACACUGAGAAAUACUGGAAUUCUUGAUCCAAGUAAUAAUUUACUUUCAAAUAGUCGAGGAAUAUCACCUCAAUAUUCUACAAUAGAGAAACUCGCUCCCAAUCCAACUGACGCCUUUACUGGAGAGUUUUCGACCACGCCAGUCAGUACUGAAAACAAUAAUCAACUAUUUAAUGACAGAAAACAAGAUCCACGUAUAAGUCACCUUGAAAUGGAUGCCGACAAACCAAUGUUGAUUAUGGACGAUGUUCUUGAUAAUGACAAUGGUGAUAAUAAGGAAUUAUUUGGAGAUGAAGAUGAAGAUAUGUUAACUUCAACAAACAAGAAAAUUGGACGUGCCUCACAAGAUAGAAAUAUACCAAAUAAUCCAAUAAGUGAUGAUGAUGAAGACCUUUUUGGAGAAACUUCAGAAGAUGAUUCAAAACCCUUACUUUCCAAACUCACAUCAGAUGAAAUUACGGAGGAUAUGUUCGGAAUGUCAGAUGAUGAAGAAGGUAAUAACAGGUCUUCUGUAAAAAAGACUUCUAAAUCAAAGAAUACCAGUAAUGACUCUUUCCCGGAAAUCAAUGAAGCGUUCGAGACCCCCAAAAAGGAAAACAUGAAAAGAAAAUACCUUGACAUACCAAUAGAUGAAAUGACAUUAUCAAAUAGUCCGCUGUAUAUGGAUCCAGGUGCUCCACUUCCAGUAGAAACUCCUAGAGAAAGAAGGAAGAGCGUUUUUGCACCAUUGACAUUUAAUCCUAAAAUUGAAAAUAACGUUGAUAAUAAAUAUAAAAAUGGUGGUAAAUUUUCCUUUUCGCCAUCUCAGAAAGAAGAGACAUUAAAGUUUGACGUAUCCACUGGCGAAGUAUCAAGUUCAGAAGAGGAAGAUAGUGACUCCAGUUUAGAAUCCUUUGAUUAUCCCAACAUUAAGAACGAUCUAAGGUCCUUAGAUGGAAAUAUUACUGAGCAACAAUAUAACCAAUUAACAAAUCCGCAAGAUACACUUCCAACAGGGUUGCUAUCUGGUGUGUUCAAUGGAACUUCUGAAUUAUACAGUAACAGAGAAGGAUCAAACUCAAUAUGGCGUCUUCCACCAAGUGAAAUUCCCCAAACUGAUUCUCCUCUUAAAUCAAUUGAACCAUCGAUACCAUCGCCACUAGAAGGCAGUAACCAAUCUGAUAAUUUUGGGAAAAUUUUAAAUGUCGGAAAUUUUAAAGAAAAUGAAUCUUCUGUAAGUAGGAAUAUAUCAGAUUCUACGAAACCAUUUGCAAGCAGUAAUUCUGAGUCUGGUAAUGAUUCAUCUACAUCUGAAAGCUCUACAACGAUAAAACAACAUACGUCCAGUAAUAUUCCGUUCCUGUUAAGACAUAUGCCAUUAUCUUCAAUCCCUGAUGUGUUUUUAUUUAAAAAUCCUACCGUCACAAUAAACAUCACUGAUACCAAUAUCCUCAAUCAAUUAUGUGAACAAAUCGUAUUCGAUUAUAAUUUGCUAAAAAAUUUUGGUCUACCGAAUCACGACUACGAAGGUGUCAAUAUUGAACCUAAUGGUCUAGUGAGGAAGACAAUAAGUUCAUUAUUCAAUAAUUUUGAGCAAAUAGCUGGUAACACGUUAAUUAAUAAAAUAUUUCCUAUCAAAGAACCAUUCGUAUUUGUAAGAAAACAAGAUGAAUUAAUCAAAGUAAGAUCAUGUGUCCAAGAAUAUGCCAAGUUUUUAAAUUUUAAAGCUCCAUUUGGAAUCAAAAAUUUCAAAUUUUUAUUAUUAACCAAUUCUUUUAAGAAUGACUGCUUAUCCUUUGUAUCUACCUUAUCUCAAACAUACAUUAGUCAGGAAUUUGGAUUUUGUGAGCUACUAAAACUAAGUGAUGGAGAUGCGAAUGGUUUGAUCAAUGUUAAGGAUUACGAAAAGACAAAACUUCUUUUAUUGGCAGCUCAGAUAGUAUCGUACUGUUCUACGAACAAAAAUUCUGGAAAUGAUGCCAACUUGAUGAUAAUACUUCCUUUAGAGAGCACAAGUGUCAACGAAUUUGUUAUGAAGACCCAGAUAUUCCAAUUAAUCAGAAGUGAAGUUCGUUCGAAAAUCCCAAAUCUUGAUCUCUAUUUCAAACUUAUCCCGAUGGAAAUGAUCAAAAAUCCAUUAACAUCUGUUGAUUCUUAUUAUAAUUUAUGUGCUAGUAUUUACAACAUUUUACCAUCUAAGAAAAUUAAAUAUACUACAAUUGCGCACAAAUUACCUGACAAAGUCACUUUUAGAACAAUGAAGGUACCACAUGGGUCUGCAGUCAUUCAUUACGAUGUUUAUAUACAUUUGGCUUAUUCAAGAAGUGUUGAUAAACAAUGGAUAUUUGCAGCUCUUUCAGAUAGUGACGGCAGUGAGAACGUGAUCAAAUCAUGGUUUGUCGGUGACUCUAGAGAAGCAUUUGAUAAUGCAUGCAAUGAACUUUGGUCAAUGGCUCUAUCUUUGGCUAGUCAUCAAUACGGCAAAAUUUGCCUUAUCUUAACUAGGUUGGAUGGCAUUUUACCAGAUGAUGAAUUAAUGAAUUGGAGGAAAUUAUCUGGCCGUAACGUUCAUUUGGCUGUUGUUUGUGUCGAUGAUAGUGAAAAGAUAUCCUUCUUUGAUGAAGAUAAAUUGUAUCCUAGUUUCAAACCAAUAUUCAAAAAUAAUGACUUAUCUCAGUGUGUGAACCAGAGAAAGAUAAACGAUUACGAAAUUAGAAAUCUAGAUGAGAAUAUCCAUGGUGUGAUAUUUGAACACCCUUUCCCUCUAGCCAAUUCUCAACACAGAUGUGCCAUCAAGAGCGGUGCCCUAAUCAAAUUCAAGAGAAACUCAGGUAAUUCUACGUGGAAGAAAUUCGAAGUGAACUUAUUAAACUGUCCACAUUCAGAUAGCACGAAAUUAUUGGAAACUAUUCUUGAAGAAUUUAGAAACUUGGCUGCAUUGAACGUGUGGUUUGGUAUUAGCAACGGCGAGAAAUCUCAUAUUCCGUGGCAUGUAUUGGCAGUGAAAAAGAUGAUGAAUGUCAUGGUGCAUACUAAGAUAAAGAUCGAUCAUAGUAGCAAAUGA